UCCUAGCCUGUAAAAAAAGAAGAAGCGAGAACUUGCUUUGCAGCCUGAGUAGUUCUUCUUUCAAUUGUUAUUGUCGCUUUAAAAAAUCUUUAAUUCACUUAAACUUCGUCUCGGUCGCGUCGAAAGUGGGAGAAAAGUGCUUUUCUGGUCGGAACAUGGAACUACAAGGCCUGCAAGAGGCGUUGAAAGUAGAAAUCCAAUGUCAUCAGAAUCAGACGUUGUGCAAAGGCCUCGAACUUCAGAACGGACAGAAGCUGGCGGUCAGAAGUUGUCCUAUAGGGACCACUAAGCCGCUCUCCCUCAUCAAACCUCCCGCUCAGAGCAUCGCCAUCUCGGUAGUGCCGGCCAAGGCUCCCGUUUCCAUGGUAACAGCACACAUCAACGGCCAGAAGGCGGCGAGCUCGGAGCCCCUCCAGAUGUCCCCCAUCAACCUCCAGACAGGCGGCAGGGUGGGGACGGCCGGAGUUCACCCAUUCAGCAGCAUCAGGAGAGCUUCAGAGCUGCCCCCCUCUCAGAUGCUGGGAACUCUCACUGCUGUGCCCAUCAAGGUGCCUCAAGUCAGCUCGCUGCACCGGCUGGCAGGACAAGCAGCCACUCUGCUACCUCAGGUCAGGCCAAAGACCCAGAUCCCCGACAGCCUCCCCCACGCUCCCUGUCAGGAGCUGCAGCCGCUUAGCCUGCAGAGAGCCACCGCCGUGGUCAGUCCCAAGAGCGGGGGUCCAACCCUGCCCACCGCCAACAGCACCUUCAGCCCCGAACACCAGCCCAACGGACAGAGCGACGCCUCGCCGCCCUCGGCCCCGCCCCACGGCCAGUCAGUGGGCAAAGACUCCGGCGGCCUCGCCCAGCACGCCGCCGGAGCGGGGCCCGGCGUGGCUUACGCCAUCAUCGCCGCCUCCCCCGCCACUGGAAAUGGAGUGUCCGCCGUCAGCGAGGCCGUCAAGGUGAUCAUCAUCCAGCCUCAGGCGCCCAGCAGCACCGAGGGCUCUCCGGGGGCUCAGGCUGACCUCCCCUCACAGGAAGCUCCGCCCACACCCAAAUCCCCGUCCCAGAAAAAAGAAGACGAGGACCCCGAGAAAAUCGCCUUCAUGGUCGCCCUCGGCCUCGUCACAACAGAGCACCUGGAGGAGAUCCAGACGAAGCGACAGGAGAGGAAGAGACGAAGCACAGCCAACCCGGCGUACAGCGGCCUCUUCGAGCCGGAGCGUAAACGUUUGGCGUCACAUUACCUGAACAGCUCGCUCUUCAUGUCAGCACGAGACUCUGAGGAUUUCUGCUGGAAGGAGGACGUGGAGCAUGACGAGCACUGCGCCGUCUGUAAGGAGGACGGAGAGCUGCAGCCCUGCCACAACUGCCCCAGAGCCUUCCACCCAAACUGCCUCCACCCGCCGCUGAAAACCCCCCCGAGAGGACCCUGGUACUGCCCCAAGUGUCAGAAAAAGGUGCUGAACAAAGAGAACAUGUCGUGGCCACAGAACUUUGUGCAGUCGUACGUCACCCACAAGACGGUGAGGCAGGAGGAGAAGCGACGGCUGCUGAGACGAAACAACGAGCUGAAGAACGAGUGCGCUCACCUGGAGGAGCAGGACGAGAAGCUCAACAGCUCGCUCAAACAGUGUAUGGACCUGAGGGAGCGCCUGCUGGGGCAGCAGAGGGACACUCAGGCGUCGCUCGAGCGCCUCAAAGCUCUCAUCCGCCUGAUCCAGCGCGACCAGCUCAUCCAGGUCACCAUGACGACCACCGCCACCAUCGCCGCCUCCCUGCUCUCCCAGUCCUGGAUCAAACAACCCACCAGCAUUACCGCCACAGCCGCCGCAUCGGCCACCGUCGUCGCCGCCAACCCGGGGCCCUCGGCCACGCUCCUGCAGAAGAGCCACGCCCACAGCCAGGACGAUGCCAACAACUAGCCCCGCCCCCCUUUUCCCCCACACGGCGUGAUGAUUUCUUUUUAUCUGAAGAUGAUAUCUAAGCGUCUUUUCUCCGAGAAGCUGAAAACAAACUGAGAAAGCCUCUAUCCUCCACGAUUCAAGUAUUUUUUAAAACCCAACACCUACAGUGCUUACGAGAUUUCUUUUUUUAAGUUCUUUUCUAUUUAUUAACGUUCUUGGCCUUAAUGUAUUUAUUACAAAAAGUUAGCAGACAGCGCCGCCGUCGCCGCGGGAACACGACGGGGGCGGCCCAAAAGAUAUGUCCCUCUUGUUCUGCGUAUAGUGAGAGAGAACAGUAGAGCUAGUCGUAGUAGAAGAAACACAAAGCAUUGUGGGAAGUGAACGGACUGUACAUUGAUAUAUCGGAGUAGAUGUUGAACAAUGUUUUUGCCAUAAGAAUUCAGGAAAUGUUUCAUCAGUGUGUGUGUGUGUGUGUACACGAGCCUUCAAACAAACAGAGGAACUUUUGUUCAGUAUUAAAAUAGAGUCAAAGAAAAAAAGUAUUUAAGAUUAAACUACAGAAAUUAGCGUUUCUAGUGGAGAGUUUAGUAUUUUCAUGCUGAUGCCUGUUGAUAAAUGUCGGGAGUACUCGAGGGGAUCACUGUACAUACGUUGUAUUAUUAUCUUCUUCAUCAGCGCAGGGUUUUUUUCUUUUCUGGGUUUCAAACUUUAUUUAACUCACAUCAGAGACGAACCCUGAAAGUUGAACUCUUUGUUCUCCGUCUGACACUGAAACACGUUUGUGGUCUUAUGAGGACGUUACUCACACACGCCUUAUACGGGCGUUCCGAUUCACCUCUGAACUCAGAUCUCAGAGCGGGGGAUGACAUCACCACGUCUCAGUUGCGAGUCGGACAAACAACAUGGACGCCUCCAGGAGUAGCUUUCGUUUUGUUAGCUAACACGCUAUGUUGAUAGUUAGCGUUAGCGCGCUAAAUUAAAACGACAACACGUCCACAGAUGAAUCACAUCGAUAGUAUCGUGAAGUUCUAACUACACAAACAGACGACUAAGCUGCUUGAAAACACGGCUUAAACGUUACUUAGCGGCCAUGUUGGAUUUUAGCGCGGGACACUGAAGGUUCUGAGUUUCCAAGUCAGAUUUUUCGGCUUCACGAUGGCGUUCCUCAUGACGGAUUAGACUGGCGACUCGGAAUUUCCUACAAGCCGAUAUCAACAUAUCCAGUGACCAUCGAUAUCGGCUAAUUUCAUCGGCGGUGGCUCAGUGGUUAGUGCGCGCAGCCCGCGUACAGACGCUGAGGUCGUUGUGUUGUUUUAUUGGUCAGACGGAGAACAAAGAGUUAAACAGGAGAAGGGACCAAAGUGUUUUCUUUUGUGUUCACAGCUGCACUCAAACACGAAACACGCCGAGGAGUUCAGACGGCGUGCGAUGCAUCCAUUCAGUCCCCUCCCCCUUAAAAAACCAGUAUGACAAAAUAUGCCAAAAACUCGUUUCUUUGUUUUUGUACUGGGAUCGAUCAUUCCUCAAUAAUGUCUAUAGUGCUUUUUUUUCCCUCCCUGCCUCUUUUAUAUUUUUGGCUUUUUUACUCUUGGUGUUUUACGGACGUGUUAACGGCGUCGAGCCCGUUAAUCUGAUGAACACUGCCUCAAGUACAAAUGGUUUUUUAAAAUCCACACUUUUUUUUUUUUGUCUUUGUUGCGUCAUUUUUAUAAAAACACCAGUCAAUCAGAAGUGGGACUCAAGUGUCAAACUGCAACAACACUUUUUGACUGUGGGCGGAGCCAGAGAGGACAAGAUGGCGUCCUCCUCCAUAACGACAGUUUAAAACAAGAACCAGGAGGCGGCCAUCUUGUCCUGCCGGCGCCGCUCGUCUCGCUAGUCUUCCUGCUGGUCCAGAAAGGUUCAGUUUAAGUGUAAAAAAAAAGCGUAGAUGUAGAUCUUUGUUUUCUUUCUUUAUCGAACUCGCCACACAGUCGAGGCGCGGCGCUCUGAAGCCGGUCGAGGCGCGGCGCUCUGACGAUGCACAAACAUGAACAAAUGGUUGAAAGAAUCCCGAGGAAAAUGCCUUUAACGAAAGAGAACGAGGGAGUGACGACGUGAAGGUUUUUUAUUUAGUUUGAAUCAUAUCAGCUGUGUUUGCUCUCUUCACAUCGUCUGUACGGCACAAACGUUUCAACACGUAUCAGGUCAUCAUCACGCGGUUUCAGGGGCGGCGAACAAAAAGGAGGUUAAACGGCGAGCAAUACCACAUCAGAAGCGUUCAUAACGGGGUCAUACUCGGAGUUUACUGAAGCUUUUUAAAGAUCUUUGAUUUCCUGUGAAGCUAAAAAGGUGACGUCACACUUUAAAGUCUUGUUGUGGAAAGUUUAGCACGAUGCAGAACACGAGAAAAUCUCAACUUCUAAAAAAUGAAUUAUUAAAGAAUCCAGCGACGUGUUUGAAGCAUCGCUCCCCUCACAAGUCAGUCAGUAAGAGCGUUGUACGUAAAGCUGCACAGACCGUUAACUCUUAUCAUCGUUUUACUUCUGCAGCCGUCGAACAAAACCAAACAAAACUCGAUCUGAUGGAUGUGUGACCUCGCAGGACAUCACCUCUCUUCACUCUGAGCCCCGUUAUGUUUAGAAAAAUAUAUUUAUUAAACGCGCUUUAUCAGAACACAGAGCCUGGUGUCUGCUCGUGGAGCUUAUUAGAAACAUGCAGAGGCUUUUUAGGUCGGGUACAAUCACUUCUAUCUGAACCACUUCUCUUGCCCGCUUCCAUCACUGCAACACCUGUUGACCUGAUAACUGCUCUCAUAUCUGACAAACAGAGGGGCGUCCAAAACGGCCGUGUGGGGGGGGUCUUAAAAGCGCCUACCUUCUCUGGUCCAAACAAAUCCAGAGCAUUCAGGAGCAGAAUCUAAAGUUAGAAGGAGGACAUACUGGCUGCUGCAUGUUUCCUGAAUGUCUGAUCAGAUAGUAAGGUUGUUUUAUCAUUUCACUGAUUGGACCUUUAAUUACCUUAACGAUCAGAGUUGAUGCUCAGCGGUCCGGGCUCUGUGUCUGUAAUAAAGCAGCAGAUAUGCAGAAACAUGAAACCUAACAUGCCUUUAAGAAUGAAUCAUGAUCAGUGCAGAAUGUACCGUGUGAAGCAUAUCCAGAGGGAAACCAUAUCAGCGCUCCGUGCCGCGUUCAAACCUCCAUUAAUCAAUAAAUAAAAUAAAACAACAAACCCUCCACCCCCGAAAACCUCCUUCAUCCGUUUCUAGAAAUCUUCUCCGGGAGAAACUGUGCAGUGCUUAAACAGAUCUAUUUUAAUACACGACACAAGACAUUUGAACAAAGAAGAAAAAAAAAAAGUUAGAACAUUUUUAUAUUCUUUUAUCAAGGAGCAAAAAAAAUAAGAAAAGGAAACCGAACAUUUUGAGGUUUUGUUUUUUUUAUUGUUUGCCGGUUUCUGCAUUCUGACUUCGAGCUUGCAACGUGCGAUGUGUUCUUUUUGCCACGAGGGGGCGACGAGGAGACGACGACGACACGUUUAGAUGGGAAAUGAAAAUGUCUGUUGAAGUAGAAGUUUUUUGGUUUGUCAUUAAUAACGGGGACUGUCCAGUGGAUAGUGUGUAUAGGAAAGUGUUUGUCUUAAAUAUGCCAAUGUAGUUUUUUUCUUCUUCUUUAUGAUGCAUUAAAAAAAAGUGGAUCGAUGGAAAAGUUGAUAAAUGA